AAGCGUUAAGUCGUAACCCGUCCAAUUCGCAUUCGACCGACGUCUUGGUUUAAAGAAUCACGGGGACAAGACUUUUGACGAUGACUUAAUUUCUGCCGACUGUCUGAACUAAGCCGCGGUUACCAGCAAAACUGCGUGUAUUGCGGAGUAAAGCGAGACAAGUGCGAGUGAUUUGCUUCAAUCGUUGUGCAUCAAGAGUUUGUUUGUUAAAUCUUGGGUGAUAAAACACAGCAUCGAGAAAAAAAGAUAAAACGGAGAUUUCUCUAGAUUCUCCAGUUUAAUUAGCAAUUUACUACUAUUACUAUUAAGUCAAAUAGUUGGUCACAAUUUCUUGCCAACCGAACGACUUACAACUUUAUUAAGUUUCUCGAUCCAAGAUGAAGCGACAACAAUCUCAAGAACAAAAGCAACAACAACAGCAACAAGCUGUCAUGCAAGAACAGCAACAAUACAUUCAGCAAAGGACGGAAAGACAAGUCACACGACAACAGAUCACCAGUCAGCAGAGAGUUCAAGGAGAGAUCGUUAUGCAAACGACGCCAACGGUACCAGUCUUUACGGGUAAACCUGGGGAUCCCUCGCCACCAAUUUUCGAGCGAAUCUUCAAAAAUGCCAGAUUUGCGCAGGGCGGUAAUGCGAUUUUUGAAGGCUGUGUUCGAGGUAAUCCGAGACCAUCAGUUUCUUGGACACACAAAGGAGUGCCGUUACUAGAAUCACGAAAGAUUCGAAUGUCUUAUAAUGAAAAUUCUGGAAUUGUCAUACUGCAAAUUAAUCAGAUCGGUCCAGGGGACGAGGGCGAAUACACGUGCAGUGCAAAGAAUCAAUAUGGCGAAGCUAUUUGCUCGGUUUAUAUACAGCCAGAAGGAUUUGGUCCUCCAGCGCAGCAAUUAACAGAUACUUACAAGAAAGAAUUUACGCAAAGCUUUCAGACGAGUGAACAAAAAAUGCAAAGUGGAAGUCAACUUUUCCAACAACGUAGUCAUCAACAAAUGACAGAUAAACGAAGUUACAUUAAUGGCACAAGUACAAGCAUUGAAGAUUUUAAGGUGGACACCUUUGAAUACAGAUUGUUGCGUGAAUUGGAAUUCCGUGAAUCAAUUACUCGACGUUUUGCGGGUGAGUCCGACCUGCAAAUUUCUACGACAGUUGAUCGUACCUUGGGACCGGUCGCACCUCCGCAAAUCACUCAGAAACCUAGAAAUUCGAAACUCAUUGAAGGAUCGGACGCUGUCUUCACCGCAAAGAUAACUGGCAAUCCGAAACCAAGAUUAACAUGGUUCAAAAAUGGCCAGAGAAUUCGAGAUUCUCAGCGCGUGGAGACGAGCUACUUGAAUCAGCAAGCUACUUUACGAAUUCGAAUCGCUCUGCCGGAAGACAGCGGUCAUUAUACAUUAUUGUCUGAGAAUCCUCAAGGUUGCACUGUUAGUUCCGCUUAUUUGGCAAUUGAAUCCAACGAUCAAGUAGAUCAAGUUCCGUAUCAACCGCAAAGAGAAUUUAUUAAGACUCAACAAGUAGAAUCGACCAUUGAAUCAACUGACUCUAGCAAGGUUCUGCCACCGAAUUUUGUUCGUACCAUCACAGAUAAGGAAGCUACUGAAGGCAAAAUGACGCGAUUCGACUGUCGCGUAACUGGUCGUCCAUAUCCCGAAGUCAUUUGGUACAUUAAUGGCCAACAAGUCGCCAAUGACAUGACUCAUAAAAUUCUUGUAAAUGAAUCUGGUAACAAUUCGUUGAUGAUCACGAACGUGAAUCGUGCCGACGCUGGCGUAGUAACGUGCAUUGCUCGAAAUAAAGCUGGCGAAACUUCUUGUCAGUGCAACUUGAGCGUUAUUGAAAAAGAACAAGUAGUUGCGCCAAAAUUUGUCGAACGUUUUAUUACAACAAGCGUAAAAGAGGGAGAACCCGUGAUCUUCAUGGCACGCGCAGUCGGCACGCCCAAUCCACGUAUCACGUGGCAAAAGGAUGGUGUACCGAUAACACCUGGUCCUGAAGUACGUAUAUCGAGCGAUGGUAGCGGAGCUUCGACUUUGGACAUCCCAUGCGCUAAAUUUUCAGACGCAGCCUGGUACCAAUGUACAGCUCAAAAUGUAGCCGGCUCCACCGCAACUCGAGCACGACUUUUUGUAGAGACGCCAAAAGGAACGACCCCGGAACCAAGACGCCUGAAUUUACCCCGACCAACGAAAGUCAUCGAACCAGAACCAGCGCCUGGCCCCGAAGUGAUUUACCUGAGACAUGUGGAACGCGCGAAGCCUUAUUUGCCGCCCCCUGAAGAAGACAAAGUUUAUCCUCCGCCACGUUUCAUUAUACCGCUAAAGGACGUUCAUCAAAUCGAAGGUGGACGAAUUCACUUCGAGGCCAGAAUCGAACCGGUGGGCGACCCCACUAUGAGGGUGGAGUGGUAUGUCAACGGCAGAGCACUCGAUGCGAGUUCUCGGGCGACUUCCGUCUUUCGCUUUGGUUUUAUUUCACUCGAUCUCAUUAGUAUCGUUCUUCAAGAUAGCGGCGAGUACUUGUGCCGCGUUGUAAGCUCGACCGGAAUUGCCGAAUCUCGAGCCACCCUCAGCGUAACCCCACGUGCCACGAUUGAACAAGCAAGCCAACACCCCGACAGCCUCCAAUACAUCCAACAGCUCGAGGAUUACAGCAAGUAUCAAAGACAAGAGAGCGUGGAGGAAACCUCUUCACAGCGGCCGGUUUUCAUCCGCCCGCUCCAGGAUCUUGGUGAGCUACAGGAAGGUCGUAAUGCCCAUUUCGAGGCGCAAUUGACACCUGUUAGCGACCCUACUAUGAAAGUGGAGUGGUACAAGGAUGGAAAACCAAUCACAGCCAGCUCAAGAAUUACUAGCAUCUUCAAUUUCGGCUACGUCUCACUCAAUGUAAUGCACCUACGGGCUGAAGAUGCAGGUUCUUAUACUGUCAGAGCUGUGAACCGCUUAGGAGAGGCCAUCAGCUCUGCGACUCUUCGUGUCUUUGCGCGAACAAGCGUAACAACAGAUUUGGGUAUUCCCGAACAACUGAGAUACAUAGAGGCUGCCGAGGAAUUGGAAGCAUAUCAACAGGCGAUGCACCAAAAAUACGUGAAGGAGCAGCCUGAGCCAAGUAGCCCACCGGAAUUUAAAUCGCCUAUUAAGGAUCAGAGCGGCAUACGAGAAGGCGGAUUUGCCCAUUUUGAGGCGCGCCUCGAACCAAUUGGUGAUGCCGAUCUCCGUGUUGAGUGGCUGAAAGAUGGACGACCUGUAGAAGCCAGUUCUCGAAUUACAACUUUCUUCAAUUUCGGUUACGUGGCAUUAACCAUCAAAUACGUAACGAUACAUGAUGUUGGCGUGUAUACUUGCCGAGCCUACAAUAGAGCCGGUGAGGCUCACACUACUGCUCAAUUGAGUGUAAUUAGCAAGAAUGAUGUUAUUUAUGACAGCCAGCAUCCUACUGGUCUUCAAAAAAUUCAGUCUCUCGAAGAUGCGAGUAGAUAUUCGCGACAAAUUCAGGAAGAAACGCAGAUUAUACAAGCACCACGAUUUUUGGGUAAUCUUAAAGGUACCAAUAAAAUCGUAGAAGGUCAACGAGCGCAUUUUGAGGCACGCGUCGAACCUCAAAGUGAUCUGAGUAUGAAGAUCGAAUGGUACCACAAUGGCAAACCCAUAACUGCUGCUAAUAGAAUUCAAACGUAUCACGAUUUCGGUUACGUUUCCAUUGAUAUUCUUCAGGUUCGUUCUGAAGACACUGGCACAUAUACUGUUGUGGCCAAAAACUCUCGUGGAGAAGCUCGUUUAUCUGCCACCAUGACUGUAGAGACGCGUUCGAGCGUAGAUACUAGCAGUAUGCAUCGCGGCACUUACGAGAAGACUCAACGUUUAGAAGAAUCCAAGUUUGUUGAACCGCAGUAUCAUAUCGAAGAGAUCUCCAAAUCAAAACCAAUUUUUAUCCAGCCAUUGAGUGAUCCUAAACCAGUUAGCGAGGGCAAAAAUAUUCACUUGGAGUGUCGUCUGGAACCAAUGGGCGAUCCAACAAUGAGAGUUGAAUGGUUCCAAAACGGACGUCCAGUCACAGUCGGUUCUAGAUUCAGAACUUACUACGAUUUCGGAUUCGUCGCACUUGAUAUAGUACACGCUACUGUUUACGACUCUGGCGAAUAUACAGUCAGAGCUACUAAUCAUCUAGGUACCGCGCAUACUUCUGCUUGCGUUAGAGUUAUCGGAAGAUCCGAUAUUGUCACUGAAACGCAAAAUGAACAAUCACUUGAGCAUAUACAAAUGUUGGAAGACUCAUCAAGAUAUCGCAAAACUCAACAAGAGGAAGUCACUGUGAUGCAAGCUCCUCAGUUCACUCGACCUCUGCAUAAUAUUGAGACUGUAGAAUUGACCAAUGUUCAUCUCGAAUGUCGUCUUCAACCAAUUGGUGAUGUGACUAUGAAAGUCGAUUGGUUUGUUAAUGGUCGACCGAUCAAAACUGGCCAUCGAUUCAGACCAUCUUAUGAAUUUGAUUAUGUGGCUCUAGACAUUCUCGGUGUUUAUCCAGAAGACUCUGGCGUAUAUACCUGUCAAGCUAGAAAUCAGCUCGGCGAAGCAGUUACUUCAUGCUCUGUAAGAGUACACGCUAAGAAGGAUUUACUUCUAGAGUCUCAACAUCCUGAGGGAUUGGAAAGAAUUCAGUACUUGGAGGAUGCUUCACGAUAUAAAAGACAUGAACUAGUGGAUGAAGUCGUCAAUGUAAAACCGAAAUUUAUUACAAAACCGAAAAACCAAGAAAAUCUUCGGGAAGGACAACACGCCCAUUUCGAGUGCAAACUGGAGCCUGUAACGGAUCCGAAUUUGAAAGUCGAAUGGUUUAAAAAUGGUCAUCCAGUAACGAUAGGACAUCGCUUCCGUCCAAUUCAUGAUUUUGGUUACGUUGCAUUGGACGUAAUUGAUUUGAUUGCCGAGGAUUCUGGAACGUAUACCUGUCGUGCUGUUAAUUUGGUAGGAAGUGACGAAGUACUCUGUACUUUAACAUGUCGUUCGAGCGCACAAAUAUUAACGGACACGCAAAACGAGCUUGGACUUGAGCAGAUUCACUAUCUCGAGGAUAAAUCCAAAUAUUAUAGACAAGAAGUUAUUGAAGAAACUACCACUCAGGCGCCUAUUUUUACAACUUCAUUAAACAAUGUCGAGAUAAAAGAGGGUCAGCGAGCACAUUUUGAAUGCAGAUUAAUUCCAGUGUCUGACCCAACAAUGAAAAUUGAAUGGUUCCAUAAUAAUAAACCAGUAAAAGCAGGCUCGAGAUUUGUCGAAACAAACAGCUUUGGCUUCGUCGCUCUCGAUAUUAUGUACGCGUAUCCAGAAGACUCUGGAACAUACACUUGCAGAGCUAAAAAUAUUAUUGGUGAAGCUAUUACUUCUGCAACCGCUAUCGUUCACUCUAAAAAGUCAAUCUACACAGAGACUCAGAGCGAAGAAACUCUUCAACGUCUUCGUUCGUUAGAGGAUACAUCUCGUUAUCAACGUAAACCUGCAACCGAGGAAAUUAUUACGCAAGCUCCUGUUUUUACAAUGCCGAUAAAAGAUCUCCGUGUUGCUGAGAAUCAGGCAGCACAUUUCGAGGCACGCGUUAUCCCAGUUGGAGAUCCUAAACUCAAGGUGGAAUGGCUACGUAACGGAGUUCCUAUUUCAGCCUCAAAUCGUGUAACGACCAUGCAUGAUUUUGGAUAUGUCGCUUUAAAUAUGAAGUACGUCAAUCCCGAAGAUUCUGGCACUUAUACGUGUCGCGCUAUAAACGAACUUGGAGAAGCAGCUACUUCAGCAACAUUAUUUGUUCAGUCUAAAGCAGCUUUGCAGUUCGAAUCACAACAUGAGGGCGCUUUGUCAAAGCUACAAGCUCUGGAGGAUACUACAAAAUAUCAACGUCGUGAGGAGAAGGAGAUUGUGAUAAAGGACAAGCCAUCCUUUACGGUUCAACUGAAUGGACCUAUCAGUCUAGUCGAAGGACAAAGCGCACAUUAUGAGUGUCGUAUAGAACCUUACCCCGAUCCCAAUAUGAAAGUGGAAUGGUUUCAUAAUGGCAAACCAUUAUCCACUGGUCACAGAUACAGAACUACUUGUGAUUUUGGAUUUGCAUCGUUGGACGUAUUGACUGUAUAUGCUGAAGAUUCGGGCACGUAUACUUGUCAAGCCACCAAUAAAUUGGGAUCGGCGAAGAGCUCGAUUAAUCUUGACGUGAAGUCUCGAGCAUCAAUUAUUCAUGACACGCAACAUGAGAGCGCAUUGAAAAAGAUACAAUAUCUCGAAGAUGACUCAAGAUACAAACGAGUGAUCGAAGAAGAUACAAUUAUCGCCGAGAAGCCCACUUUUGGACGACCAUUGAAGAAUAUUGAACACCUUCCAGAAGGCAAAAGCGCUCAUCUCGAAGCUACAUUGACUCCCGUAAAUGAUCCGACGAUGAAGGUCGAAUGGUUUAGAAAUGGACGUCCUAUUCCUCAAGGUCAUAAAUUUAAAACAACUUAUGAUUUUGGAUAUGUCGCUCUCGAUAUUCUUUAUGCUUAUCCUGAAGAUUCGGGUACCUAUAUGUGCAAAGCAAGAAACGCUGUUGGCGAAGCAAUCACUACUUGCGUAAUCAGCGUGGAUUCAAAACAAGGUUUAUAUCUCGAUACGUUGGAUGCACAACGUUUGCAAAAAAUUCGAGAACUGGAAACUGUCGAAAUCAAAGAAGAAGUUGAAAAGGAGGUUAUUCACCAGAAACCUGUAUUCUUGACCCCGUUGAACAAUCUGGAUCAUCUCAAAGAAGGCGAGCACGCUCAUUUGGAAUGUCGUGUGGAGCCAAUUAAUGAUCCGAACUUAAAAAUCGAAUGGUUUGUCAAUGGGAUUGCUAUUAAAACUGGUCAUCGCUUUCGCACAACACAUGAUUUUGGCUAUGUGGCUCUUGAUAUUCUUUACACUUAUCCUGAAGAUUCUGGUACUUACAUGUGUAAAGCAACCAACCUGGCUGGCGAAGCAGUUAACACGUGCACUAUUAAAGUGAGCUCACGACGGAGCAUUCUUUUGGAUACUCAACAUCCAGAUGGUCUAGAAAAGAUUCGAGAAUUAGAGGCCCAGGGUCAUCCUGCGCGAUUAGAAAUCGAGGAACCGCCAGUAACAUCACCAAGAUUUAUCACUGAGCUUAGGGGCACAACUGAAGUAUACGAGGGGCAAACAGCUCACUUCGAGUGCCAAGUAGAACCCCUGCAUGAUGCAAAUCUCAGAAUCGAAUUCUUUCACAAUGGUAAACCAUUACCAUCUGCAGCACGUUUUCAUGUGACUUUUGAUUUCGGAUACGUGGCUUUGGACAUUGGUCAUGCCGUACCCGAAGAUGCAGGACAAUAUUCUGUACGAGCGAUUAACACGUUGGGACAAUGCGUAUCAUCCAUCGAACUUAAAGUAAUCCCAAGAGAUAACAUCAUUCUGGAUUCUCAACGGCCCGAGGGAAUGGACAAAAUCCGGGAGCUCGAAGCCCAACAGCCAUGGAAAAGACCUGAGAUUCCAGAGCCUCAAACUCGACAGCGGCCAGUCUUUACUCAACCAUUGCAAAAUAUCGAUAGCAUUGCCGAGGGUCACACUGCGCAUUUCGAAUGCAGACUCAUACCUGUAGGUGAUCCUAUGCUUAAAGUGGAAUGGUUCAGAAACGAAGUGCCACUUGAGACAAGUUCGCGAAUCACAAAAGUGCAUGAUUUUGGCUAUGUAUCUUUGGAUAUUGCUCAUGUGCGUGAUGAAGAUGAAGGCGUUUAUAUGUGCCGCGCGUCUAAUCCGUUAGGCGAAGCUGUUACUACAGCUUCGAUGAAGAUUAAAACUAAGGCGAGCAUACAGUUAGAUACUCAACAUCCGGAGGCUCAACGUAGAAUCGCUCAGCUAGAAGCCAAGGAAGCCGGACGACCCGAGGAACAGGAAAAGAUUUUUGAUAAACCGAUUUUCACGCAGUUGCUAACUGGACCAACUGAACUUUGGGAAGGACAAAUGGCUAGAUACGAAUGCAGAGUUGUUCCUGUCGGCGAUGCUAGUUUAAGAUUUGAAUGGUAUAUAAACGGUGUCGAAUUAAAAAUGGGUUCACGCUUUCAUGUGAGUCACGACUUUGGAUAUGUAACGUUAGACAUUCUAAAAGUUAUUCCCGAAGACUCUGGAGUUUAUACUUGUAAAGCGAUUAACAAUGCAGGAGAGGCAAUAUCGUCGAUUUCUCUGAAAGUAAAAGCGCGUUCAGCCAUUGAUUCUGACAGCAUACAAAGGGACGCAUGGCAGAAGAUUCAAUUGAAGGAAGCAGAAAUGAAUAAAGUGCCGGAAAUGUUUGUUGACACAACACCGCAACAGGCACCAGUUUUUACCAAACAUCUCGAAAGUUACGAUAAAUUGAUAGAGGGUCAACGUGUCUAUUUAGAAGCUCAGGUGGAACCACGAGCUGAUCCCAAUUUAAGAGUGGAAUGGUUCAAGAACGGUAUAUCUCUUCAAACUGGAACGAGACUUCGUAGUACAUUUGAUUUCGGUCUAGUAACGUUGUCGAUCAACGGGCUAAGACCCGACGAUUCCGCAAUUUAUACCUGUAAAGCAACUAAUCUUUUGGGAGAAGCUGUGUCAACCUGUAGUUUGAAAAUUGCCGAUCGUCACUGGUUGUUGGGAGACACCUUGCAUCCUGACGCUCUGCCGAAAAUCGAUGUUUUGGAACAGCCUCAUAUAAUUUCUACCGAGCAACCGGAACCUACUUACGAAGAACCAGUUUUCAUCACUCAUUUAAAUAACGUGGAAUGCAUCGAAGGCGAUAAUGCUCACUUCGAAUGCAAUGUGGAACCAUCGAAAGAUCCGACUAUGAAAAUUGAAUGGUUCUUGAACAAUAAACCCUUGCCGACCGGUGCGAGAUUUAAAAGCACUUAUGAUUUUGGCUACGUCGCUCUGGACUUGACUUACGCUUACGAAGAAGAUUCUGGAGUGAUUACCGUUAAAGCUACAAAUUCAAAAGGAAGUGCACAGACAUCUGGUACUUUGAAAUGCACCAGCAAGCAAAAUAUUUAUCUUCAAACGCAACAUCCACAAGGAGAAGUCGGACUUGAGAAAGUGAAAGAAGCCGAAGAUGCUUAUCUAUCGAAAUAUCGGAGACCGGAAGAAGCUCCUGAACAUGAAUAUCCUAAACCGAUAUGGACAGUGCCUCUCGGCCCUGAGUUUAAAUUGGGAGAAUCUGAACCGUUACAUCUAGAGGGACAAGUCGAGCCAAAGGAUGAUCCUAAUUUAAAAAUUGAUUGGUACUUUAACGGGAAACCUUUAGAACAUGGUUCGCGUUUCAAAAUGACUAGCGAUUUUGGAUUUGUCACUUUGGACUUAACGGACGUUUAUGAGCGUGACUCUGGUAUUUACACUUGCAAAGCUUAUAAUAAAGCAGGCGAAGCCUUUACUUCAACGACGGUUUAUUGCUCCACAAAGGAAAAUAUCAUUGAAAAGUCGCAGCAUCCCAAAGGCAAAGAAGGUCUCGAAGCGAUCCAAGAUCUGGAGGAAUCUUUGAAACGGCAAGAAGGAGUUCCCUUAGGAGAGGAAGAAGGUCAACCACCAAUAUUUACAUCGCAAUUUGAAAAUCUGACCAAUCUCUCGGAAGGAGAGAUUGCUCAUUUUGAAGCAUCUCUCAUCCCUACUGGUGACCAAACUAUGGUGGUUGAAUGGUUCUACAAUGGCAAAUCUUUAGAAGCUAGCCACCGUACGAGAACCGUUUACGCUUUCGGCAUGGUUGUCCUCGAAGUUCUUGGCACUAAAAUAGAAGAUUCAGGUACUUAUACUUGUAGAGCUACCAACAAAUGGGGUAAAGCAGAAAUUAGCGUGCAACUAGAAUGCGUCGACAAGUCCAAGGGACAAAAACCUAAAUUCACGACGCAGAUUCAAUCCUUGGAAGGUUUAAAAGAUGGUCAAUCGGCUCACUUUGAGUGUACUCUAAUUCCAGUGGGUGAUCCGCAUAUGAAAGUCGAGUGGUUCCAUAAUGGAAAGCCUCUACGGCAUUCAUCACGUUUCAAGAUGGUUUCUGAUUUCGGCUUCGUAGUCUUGGAUAUUGCUGGUGUGAUGUCUCAUGACAGCGGGGAAUACGUUUGCAAAGCUAGCAAUAAAUAUGGCGAGGAUUAUACAAAAGCUACAAUCAAAUGUUUUGGCAAGAGCGGAGUUUACUUAGAUUCUCUGCAGCCGGACUCGCUUGCUAGAAUCCGAGAGCUCGAAAGUUAUACCGGAGAGCAAGCAACUACACCUACGACUCCUGUUGCUGAACCACCGAAAUUUAUUACGCAGAUCGCCGACGUAACGAAACUAGUAGAAGGUCAGUCCGCACACUUCGAGGCCAGAUUGACUCCAGUGAAUGAUCCCGACUUGAAAGUCGAGUGGUAUUACAAUGGCAAGAAACUUCCUCACGGUCAUCGAUAUCGCACCUUCCAUGAUUUUGGUAUCGUUAUCCUAGAUAUACUCUACUGUUACGAAGAGAACUCUGGGAUUUACGAAUGCAGAGCCGUUAACAAAUAUGGCGAAGAUUCUACAAGAGCAACGCUCAAAUGCUUCUCCAAAGCUAAUCUCGUUUUGGAAUCGCAACUUCCGAAGGGCAUGGAAGGCGGUCUAGAAAAAAUUCAGAAUCUCGAAGAUUCGAUGAUACGUACGAAGGACGAAAAAAUUGUGGAAGAACGUGGCAAGGCACCUAUGUUCACUGUACCUUUGAGUAAUAUCGAUGGUUUACGAGAGGGAGAAAGCGCGCAUUUCGAAGCACGAGUAAUUCCUACGGACGAUCCAAAAUUAAAGGUCGAAUGGUUUUGGAAUGGUAAACCAUUGCGAACGGGAUCUCGCUUCCGCACUUUUUGCGAUUUUGGUUUCGUCAUUUUGGAAAUUUCUCCUAUCUACCCUGAAGACUCCGGCGAAUAUAGUUGUAGAGCGACAAAUGACUACGGAGAGGCAGUGACAACGUGCACGAUGAAGUGUACGGGUAAACGUAGUAUUAUUUUGGAAUCUCAGUUACCUAAAGGUAUGGAAAGCACGAUUGAUAAGAUUGCCGAGCUGGAAGGUCUUGGAGCUGUUCCGGGUCAGAUCAGUCCCGAGGAUGAUACUGGUAGACCACCAGAAUUUAUCACGACUCCUUCUGAUUUAACUUUGGCUGAGAAUUCUCUUGCUCAUUUUGAAUGCCGGCUACAGCCAAUUAACGAUUCCAGCAUGAGAGUCGAAUGGUUCCACAACGGCAAGCCUCUUCUCGCUGGUAGUAGAAUCAAGACAAUUCACGAUUUUGGUUUCGUCAUUUUAGAAGUUGCGAAUUGCUAUCAACGCGAUUCCGGUUUAUAUACCUGUAAAGCCACCAAUCGUCAUGGCGAAGCUACAGUAUCGUGUAAGCUUCAAGUUCGUGGACGUCAAGGUAUCAUCCUGGAGCCUCAAUUACCGAGUAAUUUUAAAACCGGUACAGAAAGUAUUCAGAAAUUGGAAGAGUCUCUAUACAAGAAAGAUGAGAUCUUGGCGGAGGAAGAAACGCCGAAUCCACCGAGAUUCAUUGUCGAACUUAAAGAUAUUGAAGUCGAAGAAGCUGGAUCGAGUCAUUUCGAUUGCAGAGUCGAGCCUGUGGGUGAUCCUACUAUGCGUAUCGAUUGGUUCCACAACGGACGGCCUUUCGCGACAGGCUCUCGAGUUCAUCAAAUUAAUGAUUUUGGCUUUAUAUCAUUGGAUAUGUCGUACACAUAUGCUCGAGAUAGCGGUGAAUAUAUUUGCAGAGCUACCAACAAGUGGGGUACUGCUACUACCAAGGCCACCAUUACUUGCAAAUCUAAGAAAACAAUAGAUUUUGAUUCUCAAUUACCAAUGGGAAUGAGCGGUGAGAAGUUAAAAGAAUUGGAACGAGGACCGGUCUCUCAAGCUCCUGUGGAAGAAGCAGCGCGACAACCGCCUCAUUUCAUCACACAAAUCCAAUCGACAACUGUCGAUGAGGGUGAACCAGUUAGAUUCGAAUGCCGUGUAGAGCCCAAAGAAGAUCCGAAUUUACGAAUCGAAUGGUACAGAAAUGAUAAAUUGAUACCUGCAGGGCACAGAUAUAGAACAGUUUACGAUAUGGGAUUCGUAUCGAUGGACAUCUUAUAUGUUUAUCCCGAGGAUUCUGGUGAAUAUGUUUGCAAAGCCAUCAACGAUCUUGGAGAAGAUACCACUCGAGCUGCUGUAUCUUGCAAGAAAUUACCGAGCAUCAUUCUGCAAAAUCAAGUACCAAAAGGUAUGAAAAAAUCCGAGGCCUUGAUGCAGAUGGAAGCGACAAUUAAAAAGUAUACUUCGGAAAUUCAUUUAACUGAAGACGAUCUAUAUGACGCUGAUAAGAAACAGCCGCCUCGUUUUGUCACGCAGAUUCAAGAUCACACCGAUCUUGUUGAAAUGAAUAGUACCAAGUUCGAAUGCCAAUUGGCACCCGUGGGUGAUCCAAAUAUGAAGGUGGAAUGGUUCUUCAACGGGAAACCAUUACCUCAUAAGAAUCGCUUUACGCCUAUUUACGAUUUUGGCUAUGUAGCGAUGAACUUUGGUUGGGUUUAUCCAGAAGACAGUGGCGAAUAUCUAUGCAGAGCUACGAAUCUUUAUGGAAUGGACGAGACCAAGGCUAUAAUUAAAACUGCGGGAAAACCAGGAAUUAUCUACGAGUCUCAACUUCCAAAAGGCAUGAAAAGCAUAGAGAAGAUCAGAGAAAUGGAAGCAGCAUGGCAAAUCGUGCCAGAAGAGGAAGAUGAAAAGGAGAAAGUACGCUCAGCACCUAUCUUCGUGAGUAAACCAGAACCGGUAACCGUCGAAGAAGGCGACUGGUCUAGAUUCUGUUGUCGAGUCACUGGACAUCCAAGGCCUCGAGUUAUGUGGAUAAUAAAUGGACAUACAGUAGUUAAUGGAUCUCGCUAUAAACUAACAUACGACGGCAUGUAUCAUUUGGAUAUACCAAAGACCAGACAAUACGAUCAUGGUAAGGUGGAAGUGAUUGCAAGGAGCUCCGUUGGCGAAGCACGUACGGAAACGAGUUUAACGGUCAAGCAACGAAGCGACGAUUAUCGUGGUGUAUUGAAAAAUUCACCAAGACCCUGGUACGAUUAUGGACUAACACAAUACCAGACCGAGCGGCAAGACACAGAAUUGGAACGUGUAUUCGACGAACGCCACCAAAGUGUUUCCCAAGGAAUUGAGAUUGCCACAGAGCAUCUUGGCCCGAAAGUUAUUAAAGAGCCUGAGACUGAGUGGCAAAAAUCUGUCAAGAGCAAGAAAAAUGAAGAUUAUUACAACAAGUUGAUGAAUCUCGAAGAGGAACAAGUGCUCAAAGAGACCCGAUUAAGGGAAACCUCGCAUCAAUUUGCUAUUCCCGGUGACAAGAUCGUUGCACAUUCCUUAGCAAAGGGAAUGGCCCAAAAGUAUGAAGAAAAUUUAGAGGAACCACCUCAACAAGAAUCGGUACAACCACCUCCAAAAUAUGUGAAAAAACCAUUUGUUACCGAAGUGGAUAUAGAUACAGAACGUGUUAAAGCCACAGGAAAAUAUCCUCCGGAACCGUCUGAAUCCACAGUUCAUGGUCGCGAAGUUCAUGUUGCUAAACAAAAACAGACGCAAAAGGAAGUCAAGGGCGACGUAGAAAUAACGAGAAAAAUUACAGCAACAGAGACUACAGAAGUAGAACAUAAAGCGAAGACGCAAGAACGCAUGGUGGAAGGUCAAGUUAAACCUGCCAAACCGCCCAUUUUCACAAAGAAAAUUCAACCCUGUAGAGCAUUUGAGCAAGAACAGGCCAAAUUUGAGGUUGAAUUCGAUGGCGAUCCACUACCGACUAUCAAAUGGUACCGUGAAGAUUUUCCUAUACAAAACUCAGCCGAUCUUCAAAUUUAUACCUUCAGUACCAAAUCGGUGUUAAUUAUCAGACAAGUGUUUAUGGAAGACUCUGGUGUCUUUUCCGUCAUCGCUGAGAAUAGAGGAGGAAAAGCUAAAUGUAGUGCCAAUUUAGUUGUAGAAGAACGCAGAAGGCAGCCUGGACGAGGUGGCGCGGUACCACCCAGUUUCUUAUCCACGAUUCAAUCUGCUUCUGUUGCUACCGGACAACUUGCCAGAUUCGAUGCCAAAAUUACCGGCACUAAACCUCUGGAUGUUUAUUGGCUCAAGAACGGUAAAAAGAUAACAGCGGAUAUCCGUUAUAAAGCUUUGGAAGAAGACAAUAUUUAUACACUUCUGAUUCUGGAGACAGUACCAGAGGACAUUGGGAAAUAUGAAUGUGUUGCGAUUAACAGUGCCGGAGAAGCGCGUUGCGAAGCGGAAUGUACUAUUCGCGGACCUCAAUCUCCAACAAAGAUCGCAAAACCUACAACGCCAACAGCAGAAAAAGCACCAACUGUUCUAGAACCAUUAAGAGAUCAAACCAUUAAAGAAGGAACUUCUGUUGCUUUUGCCUGCAGAAUCACAGGGAAACCUAUUCCUACUAUACAAUGGAAAAAAGCUGAUAAGGUAAUCAAACCGUCCAAGUACUUUCAAAUGCAAAAAGAAGGCGAUUUCUGUACUCUGAGGAUUUCUGAAGCCUUUCCCGAAGAUGAAGGUGUUUAUAAAUGUAUCGCUAAAAACCCCGCUGGUGAAAUAAUGACGUCUGCCAAUCUUAGAGUUCUUGCGCCCGACACAGCUGAUAUUCUGCCAAAAUUGACACCUUUGAAGGAUCAGAUAGUGAUAGAAGGACAACCAGCUCAAUUUAAGACUCAAGUGAGUCCGGCAAAGCCUAAGCCAACGAUUCAGUGGUAUCGAGAGGGUGCCUUGAUUCCACAAUCGCCAGACUUUCAGAUGAUUCAUGAAGGCAACAAUGCGGUGCUACUAAUAGCAACUACCUACGAGGAGGAUACUGGCACCUUUACUUGCCGCGCUACAACCUCAGCCGGUACUGUAGAAACAUCCGCCAAACUCAUCGUCAAAAAGAGAAAAGAAGCCUAUUACGCGGUUCCCGCGGAAACAGGUGCCAGUGAAGUAGAUACGAAACUUGAUCAAGAUUUGAAGGAAGAUAUAAUACUGAGAUCUUUAGCUUUCAACGAAAAUGGUUUACCGCAUGAAGUACAACUUCAAUCCGGCGAUGAAUCGCUGCCUUGGCGAAAAGGAUACGUUCAGCCUCGACUUCAAACUUGCGAUUCACUUCCAUGGCGGAAACUACGAACAAAAUCAAGAGAUUCUUCAUUGGAAAAACUUCGAGCUUUCGAAAGUCAAAUAAAACCAUGGACUGAAGAAGUAAUUUUGAAGAAAACUCCUAAGAUUAUUAGAGAUGUAAUGACAGAAAAGUUAGAAGAAGUUGAGUUAAAGCCGACGAAAAUUGAAAAAAAAGAUAUACGUAGACCUAGUAUAGAAAUUCAGUUGAAAUCAGUGCCUAAAGAGAAAACAAAGAUCAUAACAAAAGAAUAUGAUAGCGAUGAUACUACUCUGUUAAAAACGUCGCGUCGUUUAGAUGAAACCAUAUCGAAAGAAGAGAAGCACGAGAAACCAAGAUCAGAGAAGCAAAUUAUUUUAAAGAAAAUGAAACCAAAGACAAAAAUAACUUCCGAAUUAGAUAUAGAAAAAAUAAAUUUUCUCGAACAGGAGGAUACUUCUUUGCUUACAAUUUCAAAGGACGAAGAAAUGAAAAAGUCAAGAAAAGAGACGCCUUUCGCAGAAAAGGUAGAACGACCUAAGCCUUGGACGGAGGAAAAAAUUGCUUUGAAAAAAGCAAAACCAGAAAGAAAAGAGAUAUCUAAGGAAACUCUCGAAACCGUUUCAUUGAAACCUUCGCAAAUAGUAAAGAAAGAUCUCGUGAAAUCAACUUUAGAUAAAGCAGAUCUAAAACCAAUUUUAAAAGAAGAAGUUAAAGUAAUUUCAAUAGAAGAAGUUACACAGCUCGACGUUACUACAGAUAAAAAAAAAAGAAAAGCAAGCAAAGACGCAGAUAAAACAGUCAUAGAUAAAGCAGAUGAAGCAAAACCAUGGAUAGAAGAAAAAGUUAUUUUGAGAAAAUCUAAACCUAUUCAAAAAGAAAUUGAAAAAGAGAUGUUGGAAACAGUAGAAUUAAAAUCAUCUAAGUUCAUUAAACCAGUACCUCAAAAACCAAAUGUGGAAAAAAUAGAUUUAAAACCUGUCACGAAAGAAAAGGCAAAUAUUAAAGAAAUCGUUAAAAGUGCUGAAUAUGUUGAACAGGAAGAUACUACAUUACUUCAAGCUUCAACUGAAAUAUACGAUGAUAUUAAGUUAAAACCGAGUACAAGUGAAAAGCUAAUACGAGGAAAAAAACAUGACGUUGAUGUGAUUACAACAUACGAAGACGAAGAUACUACUUGGCUUAAAAUUAUGUCAGAGCGUGAUACGAACAUUUAUAAAAAGAAGCAAGAAAAAAUACCACAAGAAAAGCCAAAGUCAAAGACAUGGAUGGAAGAAAAAAUAAUAUUAAAAAGAACAAAACCGGAACUAAAAGAAGUACAAAAAGAAACUCUUGAGGAAAUAUCAUUAAAGCCAACAUCAAGGAUGGAUAAAGUAACAUUGAAGAAAGAAUUAAAAGAAGUAGAUUUAAAACAUGUUAAAAUAAAAAGUACAGACUUCAUUGAUGACAAAACGCAAGAAAAUGUACCAUAUCACGAAGAAGAAGAUAAAAUUAUUAUCGAAAUAACCAAAGACGAGUUUACUAGCAAAGUGAGCAAUAAAAAUAAGUUUGCUGAAAGAAUACCAUACGCCGAAGAAGAAAAUACUACGAUUCUCAGUAUCGAUAAAACUGAUGAUAUAAUCGAGAAGUCUAAAAAAGAAGAAAUACCAGUCUUAUGGGAUAGAGGUAAAAAGGCAAAAGAAAAAAGAGAAGUUGAAGAAAUAAAAUCAUUUCAAGUAAUGAAACCUAAAACUAAACCGGAAGAGGAUAAUCUUAUGGAAAUUUCAGAAGUUCCGUGGCGCCGUAAACCAAAAUCUUUAGUUCAAAAGACGACUUCAGAAAUUGAAGCUGAUAAAGCAAAAUCUGAUAUGAACGAAGUAUCCGAAGUAGCAUGGCGAAAACCUGAAAAAACUAAAAUAAUAAAACCUGUUAAAGAAGAACCUCAGCUUGAAGAUUUCACAUCUGUUGUGUUAAAACCGGCAAAAUGGCACGAUAAACCACAAGAGCAAACACCGAUAGAAAAAAUUGUACUUAAACCAGCAAAACAAUUACCCAAAGAGAAAGAAGAAUCAGAAAACAUCAUACUUAAACCAAUAACAACACAGACAUUAAAAUCAGAAGCUACAUCUGAAAAAAUCGACAAAAUUAUUUACGAAGACGUAUCUACCGAAAAAAUGGACAUACCAUGGAGACGUGAAAAGAAAUCAACACAAAUUGAACAGAAACUAGAAUUAAAAACAAGUGAAGAGCAGCUUCAUGAAACACAACCUAAAGUAGUUACAUUUAAAUCUGUAAAAAAGCUUCCAAAAGAAGAAGAAUCAAAGGAGGAAAUUACUUUGAAACCAGUGAAGAAGGAAAAAGUUGAAGAGAAACCGGAGGAGAUCCAAUUGAAACCAGUGAGAAAGAUACAGAAACCUGAAGAGCCGAAACCCGAGCAGGUUGUAUUAAAACCUACUAGAAAGCUGCCAAAAGAAGAAGAAUCAAAGAAGGAAAUUACUUUGAAACCAGUAAAGAAGGAAAAAGUUGAAGAGAAAUCGGAGGAGGUCCAAUUGAAACCAGUGAAAAAGAUGCAGAAACCUGAAGAGCCGCAAUCCGAACAGGUUGUAUUAAAACCCGUUAAAAAACUUCUUAAGGAAGAAAAGUCAAAGGAUGAAAUCACUUUGAAGCCAGUGGAAAAGGAAAAAAUUGAAGAAAAACCGGAGGAGGUCCAAUUGAAACCAGUGAGAAAGAUACAGAAACCUGAAGAGCCGCAACCCGAGCAGGUUGUAUUAAAACCCGUUAGAAAGCUUCCUAAGGAAGAAGAGUCAAAGGAAGAAAUCACUUUGAAACCAGUGGAAAAGGAAAAAGUUGAAGAGAAACCGGAAGAAAUCCAAUUGAAACCAGUGAGAAAGAUGCAGAAACCUGAAGAGCCGCAAUCCGAACAGGUUGUAUUAAAACCCGUUAGAAAACUUCCUAAGGAAGAAGAGUCAAAGGAAGAAAUUACUUUGAAACCAGUGGAAAAGAAAAAAGUUGAAGAGAAACCGGAGGAGGUCCAAUUGAAACCAAUGAGUAAGAUGCAGAAACCUGAAGAGCCGCAACCCGAGCAGGUUAUAUUAAAACCCGUUAGAAAGUUUCCUAAGGAAGAAAAGUCAAAGGAAGAAAUUACUUUGAAACCAGUGGAAAAGGAAAAAGUUGAAGAGAAACCGGAGAAGGUCCAAUUGAAACCAGUGAGAAAGAUACAGAAAUCUGAAGAGCCAAAACCUGAGGAGGUCGUAUUAAAACCUGUUAGAAAGCUUCCUAAGGAAGAACAAUCAAAGAAAGAAAUCACUUUAACACCAGUAGAAAAGGAAGAAGUAAAAUUACAACCAGUAUCUAAAAUAGUAACAAAAACAAUAGACAAUAAACUUAUUGAGAAGAAAUCAAUAGAGGCAACAGAAACUCCGUGGCGGCGUAAACGAACAAAAAAAGUUGUUGAUUUUAAAGAGGAAGUUACAAUAGUGCCUAUUGAUCAAGAAGAAUCUGUUACAGACAUUUGCGAGGAAAAAGAGACGAUGAUAAUUACAACUGAAGAUACUCAGGAUCUGAUUGAAAGAAAAAUGGAACCUAUACAUAAAGAAGAUAAGAUAACUGACGAAGUAAUUACAACAAGUGAAGUUUCAUGGAGGAAGAAAAAGCAAGUACGUUCAAAGAUAGAAGAAGAGAAAGAAACUGUUAUUUUAAAACCCACUGAAAAAUUGAAAGAAUUAGAGCCAAAAACCAUACAACCCAAAGAACAUAUAUUAACUCUUGUAGAAGAUAAGAAAAAAUUACCUAAAGAAGUUGAAAUAAAACUAGUAGAUAAAGAAAAAUUAACGAAGAAAGAUAAAGUUAUCGAAACAAAACCAGUUAAGUUUACAGAGCAAAUUACAGAAAUUUCGGAAGAAAAAGAUAAAGUCAUUGUUGAAUCAGUCACAACAAAAUCUAAGGUAAAAGAAAAAAUGCCUGAAGAAAUCACUUCUAGUAUUACUGAAAAAGAAGUAGAGGAUGUCAAAUUACAAAUUAAGGAAGACAUCACGCAAAUAGAAGAUCGUAAAAGAAAACGCAGACAACGUACUCAGGUCGACAUAUCGAUUACAGAUAAAGACAAAACUAUUGCUCCAAGGUUUAUUCAAAAAUUACAACCUGUUAUUGCUGAGUUGAAAAAACCUGCCAAAUUUACAUGUACUGUCAUAGGAAAUCCGUUCCCUGAAAUUUCUUGGUAUAAAAAUGAACAAGAACUCCAUGCGAGCGAAAAUUAUACUAUGACUAUAUUUGAGACAACAGUAACCUUAGAAAUCACAACAAUUAAAGAAGAAGAUGCUGGAAUGUAUUCUUGUAGAGCAUCCAAUCCGGCUGGCGUGGCAACAUCCACUGUCAAUCUUGUGAUAUUUGAAAAAGAAGAGGAAGGCAUAGCACCACAUUUCUCAACACCGAUUAAACCAUUAAUGAUUGAAGAACACGCACCUGCUUUAUUAGAAUGCGUUGUAACCGGUACCCCAAUACCUGAAGUGAAAUGGUAUCGCGGUGAGCAGGAAAUGAAACCUAAUGAAAGAACCGAGAUGAUUUUUAACCCAACAACUGGAGAAGCUAAGUUGAAAAUUUUAGAACCAAUACCCGAAGACGAAACAAUUUAUCGCGUUCGUGCUAUAAAUAAAUACGGGCGCGCUGAAUGUAGAGCUAAUUUAGUAAUAAGUAACAUCAUUAAAGUGAGCAAACCAAUUACUCUCAGAGCACCGCGAAUUACACGACCUUUGCCCGCCUUAAUAACUGAACGCGGAAAGCCUCUGAAGCUUCUAGCUAAUUUUGACGGCACACCGAAACUGGAAGUCAAAUGGUUCCGCAAUGGUAUUGAAAUUACACCAACUGACAAACAUAAGAUAAAUAUCUACAAGAGUACAGCCGAAUUAAAUAUAACAGAAACAACAACUAAGGAUAGCGGCAAAUAUGAGAUAAGAGUUCAGAAUGAAGCCGGCGAAGCGAGAAGUUCGAGUUCUGUUACCGUCAAAGAACGCAAAGACACUACGAGCGAAGUGAAAGCACCAAUGUUUGUGGAACCCAUUCAGCCUCAAUUUGUUGCAGAAGGAGAAGUAGUUAUCAUGGAAACACGAGUGGAAUCAUAUCCAGCGGCAUCUUUUCAAUGGUUUCAUGAAAGCAAACCUCUUGAGUCAACACCGCAAAUAAGAAUCGUGACUCAAGAAAAUCGAUCAAUCUUAAUGAUAAAAGAAAUCCCAUUAGAACUGGCUGGUAAUUACACAUGUCGUGCUGAGAACGUCGGUGGCUCGGUCACUUGUACGGCCACCGUUAACUUGACGAAAACAACCUGGGAAGAAGCAAUUGAAUUAGUUUCACCGACAUUCGUUAAGAGACUGUCACCCGUAAAAGUUAUGGACGGCGAAAGUGUUAAUUUAACCUGCGUCGUAGAAGGGAAACCAACGCCCAGAGUAGAGUGGUACCACAACGACAUGCCGAUUAAAGAAGGCAAAGAAAUUACAAUUGUUCAGGACAUGGAAGGUGUCUGUAGCCUAGCUAUUACUGAAGUAUUUCCGGAAGAUGCUGGAGAAUAUACUUGUCGUGCUGUAAAUUCUGUUGGCGAGACUGUCUGCACGUCAUCGCUCAUUGUUGAAGCGUACGAGUACGUGCCUGACUCGGAAAUUGCAUCGUCGAUAGUUGCGACAUCCCUUACUACAGGACAAAGCGGAUCGGAAGAAGAUCUUCUAUCUCCAAAAGAAACUCCUAUCUUCGACAUUGAUGUAGAAGAAAUCGUACCAGAGAUAAUUAAGAAGCUUCCUCAGUUAGUUUCUUCCAAAGAUGGGGAAUUAACUAGAUUGGAAGUAAAAGUAAAAGGUAAACCGAAACCGAAAGGAAAAUGGUAUAAACAGGGUGUUGAAAUAGUUUCAUCACAAGAAUUUCAAAUUGAAGAAUUUGAAGACGGUACAUCAGUAUUAACGAUCGCUGAAACUUUCCCCGAUGACACUGGUGAGAUUACAUUUGAAGCUCACAAUCCGCUCGGUGUAUCAACUACGACGGCGUAUUUAUCAGUAGAAGGUAUACUCGGAACAAAAGAGUACAGAAAACCAGAGUGGGUCACACAGAUGGAAGAAAUGCAAGAGGCUUUAAGAGCUACUCAAGCUAUCCCACGAUUCAUCCAAGAAAUAACAGACAUUUACACAAAAGAAGGAGAUGUCGCUUUGUUUGAAUGUAUUUAUUCUGGUAAUCCAAAACCAGACAUUGUUUGGUAUAAGAAUGAUAAACUUAUAAUGAAUACGGAGAAUAUAAAAAUACGCAUAUUUGAUGAAGAAAGUAGGACUACUCUAACAAUUAAGCAAACUACUAAAGAAGACGAUGCCACGUAUGUUUGUAAAGCUACCAACGAAAUUGGUAUGCUGAUAACGAAAGCCAAAUUACAUAUCGAUACCAGCGAAUCACAACCAACGCUGGACGACAAAGAGGAAGAGAAGCCAAAAAAACAAGAAGAGAAACCAUACAAAAAAAAGAAAACCGAGCUAAAAAAAGCAAAAGAGAUCAAAGAGAAAGUAAAAGCUGAACGUAUUAAAAUAGAUAAAGAAGAAAUCCAUGAAGAGAAACUUAUUCCGAGGGAGCAGAUAGAAGAAAAGGGAAUUGUCGAUGUUAAAGAAACUCAACUAUUAGAAACUACAGAAUUCAUAGAUGAUAAACUCGAGCAGGUUUCUAGAGCACGAAGAAUAGUACCGAUCCAAGAACCAAUUGUGACCGAAGCAACAGCUUCCUUCAAGAAAAUUGACGAUCAAAAACUUCGAGAACACAUACCAAAAUUCGAAGAACAUGCCAAACAAAUUGUCGAAGAACGAGAAAGUGUCGUCGUAUCAGAAAUCAUGAGUGAAGAUAUUGCUUCUGAUUUUACUAUCAAAACAAAACUUGAUCACGCUCAAGUUACCUCGGAAACUUUACAAAAAGUUUCAGUCUCUGAAGCACAUAUAGAAAGUAGUGUGCAAGAAAUGAAACGUAUAGAGACAAAGCAGAAAAAGAUGAAGAAAAUAAAAGCGGAAAAAAUUAAAGAAGAUACUACUGUAAAGGAGAUUGUGGAGCGACAGAAAGAAAAUAUAGCUCGGGAAGUCGACGAGAUAAUGGCGGUACUUGAUGCAAAAGAAUUUGGCCCAGGAGAAUCUCCCCUUCGAGAACUCGCGACAAUUGGCUACUUGGUUCGACAAGGAGUUUCCGUAAAUGAGAUCAACCAAUGCCUUUACAGGACUGAUGUCUUUCCUGCUUUAAAAACACCCGAUGCUCAGAAUGCUUUGGUUCAAUUGGUGGAAAGAAAGGGCCACGGUCCUUUGAUUACUCAAGUACUUACUGAAGAGACGACAACCGACGAGAGUUUCGUUGCAGCGACAGUCGGUUUUCGUGCUUUUAUGAGAAUGGUCGAACUUCAACAUGCAACCGUAGAAGAAGUCAUUACACAUUUUGCUCCAGAAGAUUUCAGGCCACGUGCUUGGGAAGUUACAGAAAUUUCCGAGAUUGAAACUGAGCAACAUGCUACAGAAAGAGUAGAUAUCGUUCACAAAAUGGAAGUUCAUUUUAUGGAGAGGAGAGAUGAUAGGAAAGCUACUCACAUACAGGAUAUUCGAGAAAUUAAAGAUGUAUGAAGCUUGCUUGAAUAAUAACUAUGCGAUAUUUUCCACUUAUCUUUCCACCGCUAUGCUUUCCACACGCGACAAAAAAUCCUAUUCCUUUAUUUAAUAUAAUAUAUAAUACUGUCGCAUUUUAAUCAACUAUUUUUCAUAUCAGCUUCGAAAUUAAUGCCUCGUGAUUUGAUGCUUAUUCAUACUGGAUCAAUUGUACCUUGAAAUGUAAGUUCUAUUUAUUUAUUGAUAAUUUGCUCAACACAAAAUAGUAUGAGAUAUAAAGAUGUGGCAUGAUCACAACAUUAAUAUUGUUACAUUCUACUAAAUUUACAAUAAAUUUCUACAUACACACGUUUCUGGAAA